GUCUUUUUUCCAUCCUCUUUUGGGUGGAGUUGCGCAUUCUCUUGUCUUGCAGGUCGGACCACACCCGACUCUCCCACGGCCCAUACGUCACCCACCUUUCAAUGCCGAGUAGAGCUGUCCUUCGCAGAAAGAAACACCGCGACGCGAAGCGCGGCAAGUCGGGCGAGGAAGGCGACAGCAGACCGCCGUCCCACCGCAUCACCCCGCCUCACCUCGAUGACGAGGACGGCAGUUGCGUGUCGUCGUCGUCGCCUCGCAAGCGCAGCCACGACGCACUCGCCGCCCCGUCAACGCUGGCCACCUCACUGUCCGCCACGCCAGCGUUAAGGGAAGUUGUGGUCGCGAAGCGGGCCCGCCGCGAGCCGCCGCCGCCGCCUGCGCAGAUGCCGGAGAGCCUGACGCGGAAGGAGCGCCACCGCUGGGAAACGAGUCAGCGCCUCGAGCGGCAGAUGACGCGCCUGAGCUCCACGGUUGCGGCGGUGCAGCAGAUGAUGGGUGACGCGACAGCGGAAGGAGCGCAGGACGCUGUGCAGCUGGAGCCGAAGUUGCGGCACGACCCGAAAUUUGCGCAUGGCACCUUCUGGCGUGAUCGCAAGGAGAAGCGCGCCCGCACACUCUUUCUUGGUGGUAUCCCGUCCUACUUCACGGUGAGGCAGAUAACAGACCUGAUUAGUACGGUGGUCGAUUCCGAUCCGAACGCUGCCGACUACGUAAGCCAAAUUGGCAAGGAGAAGGACGUGGUGGAGGAGGUGGAUGUACUGCCUGUGAAGCACAACAGCAAAGUGAAGCACAUGUAUGUCACAAUGGCCUCGGUACCGCUGGCUGGCUGCGCGGCGGCGAUGCUAGACCGAUAUGAGAUGGAGGGCCGCCAACUGCGGUGCAACUUUGCGGCAGACAAGACGCAGCGAGAGGAGGCAAUCCGACGCCGCAACACGGAUCAGCGCUAA